UAUGGCCGCCAGUGAAACGGCUGGUGAGAAAACUUAUUACGAACUUCUAGGAGUGGAAAGACACUCCACGGAAAAAGAGAUCACAAAAGCCUACAGAAAGAAAGCGUUAAAGUGUCACCCAGAUAAAAACCCAGAUAACCCAAACGCAGCGGAGUUGUUUCACAAAUUAAGCAAGGCUUUUGAAGUAAUUGGAAAUCCUAAAGCGAAGGCAGCAUAUGAUGCAACAUUAAGAGCAAAAGAAAGAGCUCGAUUGAGAGUCCAGGCUUAUGACAGCAAGAGAAAGCGUUUCAAAGAAGAUCUAGAACAGAGAGAAAAGUCGAGUCAGGAUGAUUAUAUAAAAGAGGAGGUUCUUGUGAAGAAUUUAGAGCAAGAAAUUGAACGGCUACGAGAGGAAGGACUUAAAAUGUUACAAAAAGAACAAGAAUUAAUGAAACAACAAAUUGAAGAGGAAAGGGAGAAAACUAAAUCAUCUUUGAAUACUGGCGAAGAUUUGACACCAAAACUUAUAAAGAUCCGUUGGAAGUGUCAAAAGAAUGACCCCACAAAUGGGGGAUACUCCCAAGAGCUUCUUCAAUCAGUAUUUAUAAAGCAUGGUAAUAUUAAGAAUAUUGUGGUGUCGUCAAAGAGAGGAAGUGCAAUCAUUGAGUUCAAAGAUUUAAAAUCAGCUGAAAUGGCUAUCGAAAACGAAAAGGGCAAUCCUGCAAACCCUCUUAAACUAUCCUGGUUGGAGGGAUCUUCUUCAGAUGUUGACUCUGGUUUUAAACCUGAGAAACUUUCAGCAAAAUACCAUACACCAAACAUGGCAACAUCUUCUAUCACAAGAGACCCUAGAGACUAUGAAAGUUUAGUCAUGAGAAAACUACGACAGGCUGAAGAAAGAAAAAGACUUUGUGAAGAACUUGAAGAUGAAGAUGUGGGCUGGGAAUAGAGGAUAAAGGUGAUAGUAUUAGCUUGGUUUCUGGUUAAGAGAGAAGCAGGAAUAAGAAACGGGCUUGGCUGUAGUAUGAUGUACUUACUACAAGGAUCAUGAAGAGCCGAGAUGAAUUCGUUGAAACCACAAAACCUCUACAACAAUCAGAGCUGGAUACACUAGGUAAUUCAACCAUAAUCUAGUUUGAAGGCACCAAAUGACAAAGCUGGAUUAUAACAGACUUGAAAACUAUCAUUAUUUCCCCAAUUUAAUCCAGUGCCAUGUACAUAUUACACUGUUAUUAAAUAUUGACUUGACAAAUAAA